AUUGUCUGUUUUAUUGUUUAAUUUCUCCUCGUCGCUGUGUUUAGGUGUUGCCAUCAAGGCGCGCUGUGCUACCGCUUUAAUAUUUUCCUAAUCUGUCCUCAUGUGUAAAUUUGUCUGGCAAUGACGUCUAAGUGGACAGUGUCUAUUAGUACCCUUGUAUCUGCUCUUGUAAUAUUUUACGCUUACUACUACAAGCAAGAUUCGGACGAAGUGCUCCACGAACGACUUCAACAAAUCCUUGAUGGCUUACUGAAGGCUGAAAGAAAGGCGUCGGUGGAUCCAAAGACUCGCAUUGCAAUUGGGUUCGGAUCAUGUCAAGACUUAAUUGUUCAAAGUUCGGACGUCCUUGCUGGUCGAGAACCUACUAGUGAACCUCGUCAUGUUGAUGUGGUCCAAAAUGAAGAUGAUCUCAUGAGCGUAUUCGCCUACUACUUCAGACAUGGAGCUGCAGCAGAGCGUUUUGUCUCCAAUGCCACGCUGUUUGAUGACCUAACAAGAGUUGCUGCAUCAGCAGAGAGUGCAGAGUACUUCAUUGGAGGCAAUGCCCCAUUGAUGGCCCGUCGCUUCGCCCUGGAAGGCUGUGAAGUGCUGCUCGGAGCUCACAUGUCGGACAAAUUGAGGAGUCAGCUGCCUCCAGGUGUCUCGGUAACUGGGCCCAUCACUUCACGAGAUGAGGUUCACAUGCUACUCGAGUACCCUGCUGGCCAAGAAUGGGGGCCUUAUGUAUCACCACGUGCCAACCGCUUUAUCAUUCAUAACGACCACAAAAAUCCAACACUAUCCUCGGUUGACAGCUUUGGACCUGAACUUGAGAAAUUUGAAGCCGAUCUGUUGGUGGUGGGAGGCCUCCAAAUGAUGGACAAUUUUCCUUUUCAAGAGGGGCAGCGAGAGGCUCGCAUACGGGAGGUGCAGGAAGUUAUGAAAUCCACAUCUGUGCCUGUACAUUUUGAAAUGGCCUCAUAUACAGACACGAGCUUGCUUCAUGAGCUGGUUGAGCACAUCCUUCCAUAUUCCAAUUCGCUGGGGAUGAAUGAACAGGAGCUUCCCAACCUGUACAACAUCCUGAAGUACGGGAAUGUAUCUUACGUGUCGGACUCUUACCCACGCGUGGCCACCGUCUUGGACACAAUGAGAGACGUCUACAGUCUGUUGCAGAAAACCGAUGGCACAAAUGGGAGACGGUCCCUGGAACGACUGCACGUUCACACGCUGGCGUUUCAGGCCAUUUUAGUGGCCCACAACUCUCCCUGGAAAAACUCCAUGGCUUCGGCCGCCAAGGCAGCGCUAACUGCUCACCGCCAUACUUGCGGUUCGCACGAGAUAGACACAAAGCAUGCUCGUGUCAUCAUGGAUGAUUCCUUCACCACAAGUAGAGGUUCAGGUGCCAAGCGCAUUCCAUUUGACAACGCACACCCUGUAGCAUGUUGGCAGGAAGAGUUGUAUGAGAUCUGUGUGGCUCCUGUACUGGUAUGCACAAAGGUGCUCCACACUGGAGGUGGUGGGGACAAUGUUUCUGCAGCUGGACUGGUUUUGCAAGUUUAAUUAUGGCAGAUUAUAGGUUUUUGUUUGUUUGUAUCAUCAUGGGUGACUCACUGGGGAGCUCUGCACCAUACUACUUUUACUGUUACGUAGGCAUUCCUGCUCUAACUGGGCUUAUCUUCUUUUAGCACACACGACACCUUAUAAAUAAUAUAAAUAACAUAUCCAUAUAAAUAACACAUCAACUGGGCCGUAUGGGGUAUAUGGGUUGUAUGGGGUAUAUGGGUCGUAUGGGGUAUAUGGGUCGUAGUAUUAAAAAAAUCGAAGUUCUUUGAAACUGAGCAAAAAUUUCUAGAGGCUUUUGAUUGUUUCCGUGCUGUUCAGGGGAAAUGAGGGCCUGAAAAAUUGUUUAAGUCCUCUCUGUUUUCCAUUGUCAUAUUGCUGGCCAUUCAAACACAUUGUACUCAGAAGAGUCUUAACUGAAUGACUUUCUUUUCGUGUUUUUUAAUGGUAGAGUGGCAUUGUUGUUGUUGUGGUAGCAUUGCUUUGGGCAUUCCAUUUAGACCACAGUCAGAACGUACAAUUAAAAGUAGGAAACAUGCAUGACAGUGCCAGUUGAGGUCAGGUCUGUUUUCUAAUUUGUGUGUGUGUAAUAUGUAUGGUGCAUGGAGGUUUUGCAUGCUAGCACAGUUCAUUCUUACAGUGCACUGAGAAGCAGACCACAUUAGAUCCUUACCAAACAAUAAAUGUUGAGCUGUUUAUAGUUAGUACUCUUUGGAGUAGUGCUCCGUUUCUUGCACUUGCUAUUUCUUGCUCUACAUUUCGCAUGCAAUUUUCCAAGGAAAAAAAUAUUAAGUUGGUCUUAACACUUUGGAUUUCAUGCCUGGGCUAUUGCGAUAGGGUUAUUCUUGCCAGUCAAAACUUUAUCAAUUAAAAAUUAUGGUGAACACAAGUAACAGAGAGUUAACCUUACAAGUUGUGCAUGCCUUGAUACUUACCUUAUGCUUAAAUUUGUCAAAAGAUAAGUCUCCAAGAUGUGAUUGUUUGAAAAUGACUAUAAUAACUAAGUUCUGAAUUAUACUCCUCCCCCAUCUCUGCUCCUCCACCUUGCAUUCAUUUUUAUGUGCUUGGGGGUAGUCUGGGAUACUGCAGAUAUAUAUAUAUAUAUAUGUACUGUAAUCCAAUCGGCCAAAGUAUACAGAGAUAGCACAGUUUGCACUCUUGUACUCACAGAUAACCAACACAUGUUGCCCAUGGUGAGGCGCAAUUGUCGAUGGUACGUGCAUGUUUUCAACAUGUGCGCCUAGUCAUUUUCCAUUUUUAAAGGACAUUCAAACUCUUGUUUCCUGACCUCCAGAUGCAUUAGAGGGAAAAAGUUUUUCUGUACUUUGACAGGAGGCAUUUACUGCUUGAGGUAUGCAUGCAAUCAAAGAAGACUAAUGUGAUUGAUUUAGAAGAACGAUAUAACAGAAGUGUGACCGUGCAUUCAUACGAGCAACGUCCCCGCAGAAUAUUCUAGUGGAAGAAAAAAAAAAACUGCUCAUGGGGUAGAAGUUCCACCGCAUGUUAUGUUGGGCAUUCGCACCGUGCCUGGAUAUUGAGUGGCGUACGGCGUACCUAGCAGACGACACCGUCUUUUCCUGGCGUCUGCUACAGAACGUCUUAUGGCCCUGUUGCAGGAUAUUCCCCAUGGUUAGCAGUGCACAGAAAGAAAUGACGUUGAGCACUUGCACCUACGUGGUAGCAGAUGGCUACAGGGUCUUUCGCAUCUUCUGCUGGAGUAUUCUUUGGAAUGUCGCCCGUGUGAAUACAUGGUGAAUGGGGAACACCCAAAAUGCUAAAAGUGAAACUGUGUGUGAAUAUGUGAAGUCAUUUUCAUUCUACCAAGAUUUAAAGGAAGCUCUCCACAUACAUGUGGAAAGAAGUGGGUACAGUUUCCUUACUUGUAUUCGUGUUGUCUGUCUUUUACAGGCUUAGAAUUUUCUCGAACUCAUAGCUUAGUCUUCUCAGUGUUUACGAUGUCCCUGCAUUUGUCUGCAAUCCCUUGCACAUCUGCCAAGGUCAUGUUAAACUUGACGUAGGUGUUUGGAUCAUUUUCAGAACGAAGCAGUUUGCCUUUGGCUUCAUUUCCUGUUUAGGACCAGUUUUUCUGUUGCAGCAACAAGUUGUGUGUGUACGUUUUAAGUCAUGAAAAAUACUGGUGUUAAGGGCAGCAGAAGCAGGAUGGACAACGCAAUACUCUGAAUGGCAUGUUUACCAUCCUUGCCCUCAGCACUAUGACCAGUUUUUGACGCACUGCUUUUGUGCUGCCCAGACAGUUGAGCAGCACAGCAGUUACAAUAUCUGAAGUGCAUCGUCCAAGAAGUCUUGUGAAUGUUGCAUGCCUGCAACAUCAGACAGGGCUGAUUUUUUUCUUUUUUUUUGUAGACAUCAAAGUGUAGUCUGUGUGUGUCAUUUUGAUACCAGUGAGACCAAUAUUUUUAUACUGUUAUAAUCUGGCAAACAUUCUUUUACAACAGUCAGCAUAGAGAGCUUGAAAACUCUGUGCAAGCCACUAAUCCAGCAUAGAAAUCCUCCAGAUUAUGAAAUGUGCAUUAUUCGCUUUUGAAAAGUGUGUAUUAGAAGAGCAAGGCUCUUAAAUUCAGGCAUAAUAAACAUCUAGAAAGUGCA